AUGCAAGGGGAUGCCGAGUUCCAAACUUGCCAGCAACCGCAGACAAAAGGACUGGAAGACACUGAUCUCGAUGUCGCCCUCGGCAUGCACGGGGCGCAAAUAUUUCAGACGACGUACGUCCCCGCGUUCGUCCACGACAGGCUGGACUUGCCUUGCACUCCAGAGCACGCCGAAUCUACAGCGGCCCUCCUGAGACGCGCAUUGCGUUGA